AUGAGGGCAAAAGUUUCAAGGAACUUCAAAAGUCCCAAUAUGGACCUGUAUGACGGGACUACCGAUCCAAAGCAUCACCUGAGCAAUUUUAAAAGUCGGAUGUACCUAGCCGACGCCUUUGAUGCUACUCGUUGCAAAGCCUUUCCGACAACUCUGACAAAAGCAGCGAUGAAGUGGUUCGAUAGCCUCCCCCCAAGGUCGGUCACUAGCUUCGACGACCUCUCACGUAAGUUCCUUAUGCAAUUUUCAAUCCAGAAGGAUAAAGUAAAGCACGCACCGAGUCUCCUAUGGGUAAAACAGGAGGUCGGAGAACCUUUGAGGGACUACAUGGAAAGGUUCAACAAAGCGUGCCUAGAAAUCCAAGACCUGCCUACAGAGGCAAUUAUUAUGGGCCUAGUAAAUGGACUCCGAGAAGGCCCCUUCUCCCAGUCCAUCUCGAAAAGGCACCCGACUUCUUUGAGUGAUGUACAGGAAAGAGCAGAAAAGUACAUCAACAUGGAGGAAAAUGCCAGGCUACGAGAACCAAGCUGGGAAAUUUGUCACACUAAAAAGCUACCUCCCCCUCGGCCCAUCAAGAACAAGAAAGGGGGAAGUCGCGGCGAAUACUGCGAAUACCAUAAGCUAUAUGGUCAUUCAACAAAUGAUUGUUAUGACCUGAAGAAAGUAAUAGAAAAGCUGGCCAGGGAAGGUCGGCUUGACAGAUAUCUCAUGAAAAGGUCGGACCAUCAUGGAAAGAGAAAGCGAUACGAGGAGGACCGAAGAGAUCCACCACCACAGACCCCGGAAAGACAUAUACAUAUGAUCUCAAGAGGGUUUACGGGAGGAGGUCUCACCAAGUCAUCUCGCAAGAGACACCUGAAGGAAGUCUACCAGGUCGGAAGCGAAUUGCCCGACCUCCCAACCAUCUCUUUCACCAAAGAAGAUGGGCAGGGUAUUAUUCCCGGACAUGAUGAUCCGGUAGUGAUUACCAUGAUUCUCGCCAAUGCGCAUCUACACAGAACCCUGGUAGAUCAAGGGAGCUCGGCCGACAUCCUGUUCAAUCCUGCAUUCGACAAGCUGGGAUUGGACAAAAAGGAGCUAAGAGCUUACCCUGAUACCCUGUACAGGCUGGGGGAUACACUAAUAAAGCCACUAGGAUUCAUACCACUACACACAACUUUUGUAAAGGGUAUGAAAUCCAAGACUCAAAGCAUCGACUUCAUAGUCGUUGAUGUCGACUCAGCCUAUAACGCUUUGAUAGGCAGAGCCACACUAAAUCAGUUUGGAGUAGAGGUAUCUACCUCCUAUCUUUUCAUGAAGUUCCUAACACCAGAAGGAAUUGCAACCAUAAGGGGAAACCAAAAUUUGGCAAAAAAGUGCUAUAAUGAAAGCCUAAACCUGAGAGAAAAAGGCAAGGAGGUCCACACCAUUAAGCUUGGAGGAGUCCGAGCUAAAUAA